GCUAUGAAAGUCCUCUCCAAAAAGAAGCUUUUGAAGCAGUAUGGAUUUCCACGUCGGCCUCCUCCUAGAGGGUCAAAAGCAUCUUCCGGAGAGCAGCCCAAACCCAUGGCACCGCUGGACAGAGUCUAUCAGGAAAUAGCCAUCUUAAAGAAGCUGGACCAUGUCAACAUCGUUAAGCUGAUAGAGGUCCUCGAUGAUCCUGCAGAGGACAACUUGUACAUGGUGUUUGACCUCCUGAGGAAAGGGCCUGUCAUGGAGGUACCAAGCGAGCAGCCCUUCAGUGAGGAGCAGGCUCGGCUCUACUUCCGAGACAUCGUCUUGGGCAUUGAAUACUUGCACUACCAGAAGAUCAUUCACCGGGACAUCAAGCCUUCCAACUUGCUCUUAGGAGAUGAUGGGCAUGUCAAAAUUGCCGAUUUUGGAGUCAGCAAUCAGUUUGAAGGGAACGAUGCCCAGCUUUCCAGCACGGCAGGGACACCAGCCUUCAUGGCACCAGAGGCCAUUUCAGACACUGGCAAAAGUUUCAGUGGAAAGGCGCUUGACGUCUGGGCCAUGGGGAUCACCCUGUACUGCUUUGUUUACGGGAAGUGCCCUUUUAUAGAUGAAUAUAUUCUGGGUCUUCAUAACAGGAUCAAGAACAAGCCUGUAGAGUUCCCAGAAGAAGCACAGAGGAGUGAAGAGCUCAAGGAACUGAUCCUACGCAUGCUUGAUAAAAAUCCAGAAACAAGGAUAACAGUCCCUGAAAUUAAGGUGCACCCCUGGCUGACAAAGGGCGGCGAGGAGCCCCUGCCACUGGAGGAGGAGCACUGCACUGUGGUGGAGGUGACGGAGGAGGAGGUGAAGAACUCGGUGAAGACGAUUCCGAGUUUACCAGCUGUGAUCCUAGUGAAGGCCAUGCUGAGAAAACGCUCCUUUGGAAACCCGUUCGAGGUUCAGACCAGGCGAGAGGAGAGGUCCAUGUCUGCUCCAGGGAACUUGCUGAUAAAACAAGGGAGCAGAGAAGGAAGCCGGGACCCGGAGCUGCCCGACGUGUGCGAAGAUGAAGCUACAUCCUGAAGCUGCCCGGCUGGUCGCUCCUGUGCUGCUGCUGUCGUACCCAUCGUGG